AUGGAAGACAUGAAGAAGACUGGUGUCCGCAUGCCCAAAAGCAGUCAAAAACCAGUAAAGGUGGAAUGGAAUGCCCGGUCUGUCGUUUUUACCUACUUCCAAGGGGACAUCAGCAGUGUGGUGGAUGAGCACUUCUCCAGAGCUCUGAGCAAGCUCAAGAGGCCCCAGGAAUGGAGUUCCUUGAGCCAGGGUGACAAUGUGAUCCUCAGGAAUGGGACAUGUGUCACCAAUCACAUGGACAAAGAGCACAAAGUAAAAUCCAUUCAAACUAAAUGUUCAGGACAGAUGAAAGAGGUGCCCAUGGAGGGAAAGGGCACCAAUAGCAGCAUGCCCCCGAAUCAGUGGCGUCUCACUUCUUCUUGGACAAAGCCACGGCCAGAAGCAUCUCUUGCACAUGGUGCCACCAGCAGCAGCAGCAGCAGCAGCAGCAGCAGCAGCAGCUUGCUUGAAUAUGGUCCUAAGGCUAUAGAUCAGUACCCACUGUCUAUGCCCAAGGCCCCCUCUGCACAUCCUCAAGAGCUGUGGCAUUUUUCCUCCCAAGAGAGGCCAGACUUCCUAGGGCCUGCCUACUCUCGUGCCUUUCCUGACAGGCAUCUGGCUCCAGAGGUCUACCCUGAUGGGAGACGUGGGUCCUUCCUACAUUUCCUCCAGCAGGAUAGAUACCUAAACCGUCCUCUGGAACCUGCCACCAGGGAGAACCGCAACCCUGCCAAGAUAGCCAGAAGCACAGGAUUGCUCAUGAACCUGCCUUCCAACUCAGACCACUGUAAGGAAAUGCUUACAGAUACUUGCAAGGUCACUGUGGUUAUGGUCAGUUGGGAUGACAUGAGGGACUAA